AAUAUUUCAAAAAUCGAAAGCUCAAAUAUAGAAUAAUAUAAAUGAAUAUUAUUUUAUUUAUGAUCUAUUUUUACAAUUGUUAUUAAUUUAAACAACUUAUUAAAAAAAAACUUAAAGCGUAAAAUUUAAUUUAAUUCUUUAAUUGCAAAUUGAUUGGUUAACGUAUCAUAAGUGUCAGUAGACAUUUAUCGUUCUAAAUAUUAUGCACUAUAUAAAUUGGAAUUCUAUCUAUGUAUCUACCUUUCUUUUUAUUAAUUUUAUUUUUAUUUUUUGCAUUUUAAAUUAAUAAAAUCAAUGUAUAAUAAUUAUCUCUCUAUUACUAAUAAAAUUAUUUUGAAUUCGAUAUAUUGAUACUAUAUGCUUACGAUGCUUUUACUUUAUAUGUGUUUUUAUGUCUUAGAUUAUACUGCAUUUUUUGUUUGAAGUAGCAUUGCGUAUUAUUGUAAAAUAAUUAAUGUUAUGAUGGUAAAACUUAAAAUCUCUAAUUUAAUAUACUGUGAAGAUUCAAGAUAUGAAGUAAUAGUCAUAUGAGGAAGAUUGUAAAUGAUAUAGUAUUUAUUGCAAGAAUCAAUUAUAUUUAUAAAUAUAUUGAAUAUAAAAAACUUAACAAUGUUAACAUCAACAUUAACAAUGCCUUCUACAUCGAUAAAUACAUCUAGAGUACCAAGUCCUAUUAGUGAUACAUUUGAUGAUAAUCCUAGUAGAUUAACUACAUAUUUACAUCAACUUGCUGGAUGUUAUGAAACCGAAGUUAAUGUGCUAGCAAAAGAUCAUUGUUAUGCACGUCCAUGGAAUUGGAAACCAGAAAAUGUUUAUGUAAAACCAAUAAAAAAAUUAUUUUUUCCAAAAAAAAAUUUAUCAAUGGAAAAAAUUAUUCAGGAUGAAGAAAUUAAUAUAGAAGAGGAUAAUAAUGAAUUAUUAGUACCACCAAUAGAUUUUACUAGAGCUCGACAUCAAAUGGAUGAAUUACAAAGAUUAGCAAAUUUUGCUAGACCUGAUGAAAAUGAAGAUUGGGAAGAGAAACUUGAUAAAAUUUUAUGGACACCUGUUCAAAAUCGAAUAUUUACUAAAGUUCUUAAAAUAUUAAAUUCAGAAAGACUUGCAAGAUUAGCUAAAGUAAAUAAUUCAAUAGAACCAAUUUAUCGAAGAACAUCAGUUGAUACAGCUGCAAGAAGAUUUCGGGAAACAUUGGCAUCUGCUGGUUGGGAUUGGAGACUUGCACAAUGGUUGCAUAAUUUAUUGUUUGAUCAUCUUCCUCAAGAAUAUCUUGGUAUUUAUCUUGACAUAUUGCAAACUUUAAGAUUAAAAAUUCCUCAACUUAUUGAUAAAAUGAUUGCUGUACAACCAAAUAUUAAUGCAAAAACGGGUUCCAUAACAUGGGAAACUCUUGGAUCACUUCUUAAACGGACAUGGGAUCCUGUUACACCAAGUUUAAAUAGCAAUAGACUUAAAAAAUUACCAGGAAAUCCAAUUUUGAUAAUAGUUCCUUCUGGAGUAGGAUCUAAUAUUUCCACUCGGCAACAUAAAUGGAUUUCACAAUUAGGAGCUUUAGGAAUGGUUGUUACUGUCCAUACACAUUUAGGUUUAUCAGCUAAUAGAAUGACUAUGAUGGUAUGCAUUGACCAAUUAGUUCAAGCCACUAGAACUAAAAUACAAGAUAUUAGAAGUGAUUUUCCUGGUAGACCUAUUAUUCUUGUUGGUUUUAAUACUGGUGCUGCUCUUGCAUGUCAGGUAGCACAAAUGGAACAUGUAACUGCAGUUAUUUGCCUUGGUUUUCCGUUUUUUACAGUUGAAGGAAAAAGAGGUACAUCUGAUGAUACAUUAAUGGAUAUUCGAUGUCCAAUUAUGUUUGUAAUAGGACAAAAUGCUACACUUGUAAGAUCUGAUGAUUUAGAAGAUCUCAGAGAAAAAAUGAUGGUUGAAACAAGUUUGAUAGUAGUUGGAACUGCUGAUGAUCAUUUAAGAAUAUCUACUGCAAAAAAGAUAUCAGAGGGUAUUACACAAAAUAUGGUAGAUAGAUGUAUCUUAGAUGAAAUUGGAGAUUUUGUAGGAACUAUUCUUUUGCAACCACAUCCAUUACCAUUAAGAUCAACAUCAUUGGCAAAUUAUGAAAAUAAAAACAAUAGAAAGGAACCACGAAAACGAAGAAAUUCAACAAGUAGUUCUGUUGAAAGUAAACCAAAUUCUCCUACUAUAAAAAAGUCACGACCGAAUACACCAAUUUCUUCUGUUGUAUCUAUUGGACAAAAUACACAAUCAGCUACGAUUUCCCGAAUAGGAACAUUUAGUACACAACAGAAUAUAAUCGCAGUAGGUGGAAUACAUACAAAUCAUGCACAGACUGUAAAACGGAAACCUCGAGUUGUUAAUAAUCAAAAAAAUCAUUUCGUAGAGCAUUUAAUAACAUCUAGACUUUCCGGACAAUCAAAUUCGAAUUCAGAUAAUGGUGGUAUAACGUUAAACAUUGGCUCAUUGGCAAGUUUAGCACCAAUUGGUCCAAUACGAUUAGCUCCAACAUCGUCAGGUCAAACAAUAUCUACAACAAUUAAAAAUAUUCCUAAAUCUUCGAUUGCAUCAACUAAAGUGCCUAAAAUUGUUUCAACGAAUGUACAGUUACAAAACGUGUCAAAAAUGAAAACUAUUGUAUCAUCAAAUAAAGGUUUUUCUAAAGUAAUAUCAAACAACUAUAGGCAUCUCAAUAUUCCUGACAAAAAUGGAGAUACAAAACUUGUUAAUGUUUUAACAACAUCGGGAAAUCAAAUUAGAGUUAAUACCUUAACUGCUGCAGCUAUACAUAGUAAACCUACGAUUGGUACAUCAAAUGGAACUUUAUCAAAUAUUUUACAAAAUGGAAAAACUUCUCUUACACUUGCUACUAAUUCAUCAUCUGCACGUGUAUCUGCAGCUUCUAGUAUUUUAUUAACUCCAAAUAAUUCUGUGGCAACUAACAUAACAUCAACUACAUCGACGAUAUCAAAAGUGAGUAAAGAGCACUGGAAGGAAGAAUUCAUGUCAUCUAUCGAUACAUUUAUCAAAUUUAUAUCAUGCAAAUUGAUAUUAUUGAUGGACGACAUGGCAACAUCCAGUAGUUCUUCGCAUGUGAUGCUCAGUUCUACUCAUUCCUUGGAUACAUUCAAGAUGUCACAAUUACCCCGACAAGUAACAACUUGUAAUAACUCUCAUAAUACAUCAUGUGGGAAUAUAAUUAUGGUUGAAAAUUCUCUUAAUGCUAAACCUACUUGUUCUUCAGUGAUAGUACCAUUAAGUAAUCAUAACUCAGGAACUAUUUUACCGUUAUCUAAUAAACUAAAACUCACUCAAAAAUCGACUAAAACAAUGCCAAAGAUUACAGUCAACACAUCUAAUUUACAAAGAAUCCAUAAACCUCAAACAUUACAGAAGAAUUCUCUUGUAAAUGAGAUUGAUGAUGAAUUAGGAAAUAUAUUAGAUAUACCAAUAAUCUUUGCAAAAGAUGAUGACAAUUUAAAUUCUAUUGAUAAAAAUUCAUCCUUAUCUCAAACAAUGCCUGUAGAUAUUCAUGAAAAAAAUACACCUAAAUUGAAUAGCAAUACCAAAGUUGUUCUCAUAAGUAACAAACAAGAUAAAUUGCAGCAAACAACUAAUAAAUUUGUGACACCUUCUACCCAAGCUAUUAUAUGUCCUAAUGUAGCUGUACAAAAUUUAAAUCAUGUAAUAUUACAAACAAAGCCUCAAACUCCUACUUUAUCCAAAACUAAAACUACAAUUCCAAUACAAACUCGUUCAAAUCAACCUACUAUUAAAUAUACUAAAAUAAUUCUUGCAAAAAGAAAUUCUCAAUCAGCUUAUCAAAAUGAUAAAAAUGAACAAGUAAUUGUAACAAAGACAAUUGAUAAAAUUAAUGCACCUAAAUUGUUAAAUUUCGAUAAAAAUGAACAUCGAUAUACACAAAUUGCAACAAAACAAAUAAAAAAGAACGAAAAUAAUAUAAUAGAUGACGUAUUAGAAAUAGAAGAUGCUAUAAAAAUGAAUAUUAUAGAACGUAAACAUAUAUCUCUACAAAGAGUUGAUCUAGCAUCACAAACAAAUGAUAAUGUAAAAGAAAGUUUAACUGAAAUAAAGAUAAAUGUAUCUAAAGAAAAUAAUUCAGAAUGUACUAAAAUUGACGAUAUAAUAAAUUUGCAAAUGUAAAAUAUUUCAUCUCAACUAAAGGUAUAUCUGUAUCAAAAUGAAGCAUAUUGUACAUGCAAAUUAUGAUAUGAUAAAAAUUAAAUCAUUAUAGGGAAGAUACAGUUAUUAAUUUUCUCGUUAAAACUCGUAAAUCAUAAUAAUUUUUUAAUCUCUUUAUUUAAAAAUCUAUCUAUUUAGCAGAAAAUAGCUUUAUAAAUUUCAUAUAAUCUAAAUUAACAAAUUAAUUAUAAAAAUUAUUGUCAUUAUUUACAAAUUACGCACAGUGUUAUAUUUUGUUUCAUUCUUAUAAUUUGCAUUAUAUGUAAUCUUAACUAUUACAAGCUUUAUAAAAAUCUAUGUAUCCAUUUGCAAAUAAUUCAGUAUUAUUGAUAGUAUUAAUAUAUUCUUUGAAUUCACUAUUCAUGAAAUGAUAAGUUGUUACUGUUUUCUUGAUACUUGUCUUUCUAGGAACUGGUACUGCUGGUUUAAAUACAACACCAGUAGGAUCAAAUUCAAUAUGAAGCUCUUCUGGAGAACUGGAAGAAAUAAAGAAAUUUAAAUCUUGUUACAUACAAUUGUGUGUUAUAUUUUAAAUAUUAAAAAAAGCUUCAAUAAAAUUUGAACUUACAGUUUAGCAAUUUCUGAAGAUAAACUGCCUUCACCUAUUGAUGGCACAUUCCAAGCUAUAUUUUUUGCCAUAUUUUGUACAAUACUGUGAUAAUGUCGCUAAUAAUAAAAAAUAUAAAUACAUUUGUCAAUAAUUAUAUUUAAAUUUAACAAAAUUACAUAACUUUUAUAAAUAUAUACUUGUAAAGCUGCAAGUUCCCAUAAUGCUGAACAAUGUGCAUUGCAAUACUCAGGUUCUUCUAGUUCUGCUUGAUAAAAACCAUCUCCUAUGGUACAAUCAGUAUCUAACAAAAUAUCUAACUCUUUUCCAAGUUGUAUAUUUUGUUUUAUAAUA